CAGCUUCCCGUUGGUGUUUUCACAAUCAUACGUUCAUCUGAGGUGUCAGGCACAAUUUAGUUGCAUUAUCUUGGUUAGUCCCCGAGUCCAGUUCCUGAUUCCAUCUUCAAACCACUUGUCCUGCACACAGAAAGCCCGCUGGGAGUCGAACCCAGGGCCUUCUUGCUGUGAGGCAACAGUGCAAAACCACCGAACCACCACGUGGCCCCAGCUGCUGAUUGAGUAAGUGAAUUAAAGGCAACAUGCCUCCCUUCCUCUUUCACUUUGCUUUGCUGGCUGCCCGAAGGACGCAUCACGAGAAAACUGCUUCAAGGAUUCUGCUGCAGUGAAGAUGUUCCUGUGCUGUUGGCUGGCUCUGGGGGCUUUGAUCCCUCUGACCCUGAGCACCGAUCCUGGGGUGAAGGUCAAGCUAACUGCAAAAGGCCUUGAAUACGGCAGGACACUGGGGAUGGCUUCCAUCCAGAAGAAACUGAAAACCAUCAAAGUGCCAGAUAUGGCGGGGAAAGAGAGUGUGUCUCCCAUCGGCACGGUCCAGUACAGCCUGACGAAUUUGCAAAUAGUGGAAGUGGGAUUGCCGACGUCCGCUGUGGCUCUGGUUCCAGGGACGGGUGUCAGACUGUCCAUCGGCAAAGCCUUCCUGCGUCUCCACGGAAACUGGAGGGUCAAGUACCUGCGGAUAAUAAAGGACAGCGGCUCCUUCGACUUGAGCGUCAGCGACCUCACCGUCGCUGCCAGCGUCGCCAUCCAGAGCGACGAGACGGGCCGCCCCGCGGUCCACGCGGCGGGCUGCGCGGCCACCGUCGGCGGCGCCAGCAUCAAGUUCCACGGCGGGGCCAGCUGGCUGUACAAUCUCUUCACAAAGUUCAUCGAGAAGGCGAUACGAAGCGCCCUGCAGAGGCAGAUCUGCCCCCUUGUGACCGAUGCAGUAUCUGAUUUGAACCCUCAGUUGAAAACUCUCAAUGUUAUAGCGAAGGUCGACCAGUACGCAGAGAUCGAAUACUCCCUGGUGUCGUCGCCCGCAGUGACAACAUCAUCUAUCGAACUGGGCUUAAAGGGGGAAUUUUACAACAUUGGGAAGAGGAAGGAGCCUCCGUUCUCAGCCUCGGCCUUUGACCUGCCGCUCCAGACGGACAACAUGUUGUACAUCGGCUUGUCCGCCUUCACCGCCAACUCUGCGGCCUUCGUCUACAGCACGGCAGGAGCCCUCAGCUUGUAUGUCACCGAUGACAUGUUGCCGAAGGCCUCGCCAUUCCGACUCAACACCAGGACCUUCGGCGUCUUCAUCCCGCAGGUCGCCAAGCUUUUCCCGGGUCUGAUGAUGAAGCUGCUGGUGAAGACGGCGAAAACCCCCGUCGUCACGUUUGAGCCCAACAACACCACGGUGCAGGCCACUGGCGCGGUUACGGCCUACGCCAUCCAACCCAACGCCACGCUGUCCCCUCUCUUUGUCCUGAACUUGGAGAGCAGCGUCAGCGCGCAGCUGUCCGUCAGCGCGACGAGGGUGGCCGGAGCGGUCACCCUAAACAAAAUGGAUCUGACCCUUGAGACGAGCUACGUGGGCGAGUUUCAGGUGAAGGCCCUCAGCAGCCCCUUCCAGCUGGUCCUCAAAGCGGUUGUAAUACCUCUCCUCAACGGUCAACUUGCAAAGGGGUACCCACUUCCCACCAUCGGCAAGAUGAAACUUGUCAACACUCAGCUUCAGGUCCUGAAGGACUAUAUGCUGAUUGGGACGGAUGUUCAGUUCAAAUAGCAUCCAUGGAGCCUCCCAGAAUUGAUUUCUGCCACCUUAAAGUUCAAAGGACAUUCAAAGUUUGAAUAAAAACUGAAUCAUGCACAUAUUUGUCUUAC